AUGGCAUACAGCCGAUUUCGGCAACAACACCCUGACCUGCAAUCACAAGGGCCGGCUUUCAACGACGAAGACGGAGUCCCGCUGUACGAAGCGCCCUACCAGGACCUCUUGGCUGAAAUUGUGAGACAAGACGACGUCGCGUCUCUUCUUCUUUACAAUGACAGUCCCAACACGACCGUCUUUUGGAAAUCAUACGCGACGUACUACUACCAUCCGCUCAUCAACGCGGCAGAAUGCGGUAGCUUCAACGUGCUUAAGACCCUACUCGAGAUUUAUCUGGCGGACUCAACUCUCCCAGAGCCCAUCAAUGCAUAUCAUGCGCGCGUUUACAGCUCUCUAAUCAAUGACGCAUGUGCGGCUGCAGACCGUGAGCUGAUGCUGUGGUUGCUACACCAAGACCCGCCAUUGGGGACGUUGCACGACCGAUCGGUGGAUGGGGAAACACCCCUAUUCAGCGCGGCUAGCGGACUAGGCGCAAAAGAUGUUGAUGUUGCCGGCACGAUCGCCUCCAGGCAUAAAAAAAGAGAUCAACUGAUGGUAUCUCGUCUGAUUGCCGAGGGAGCCGACAUUUAUGCCCGGCAGAAGUGGUCAAAUAAUAAUGGGGUCCGUCUUUCAGGGGACCAAGUGACCGUCUUACAUAUCGCAGCUCAUUUCUGGAAUCUAGAGGGGAUGAAGGUGCUGGCGGAUAAUCUCGGUCAGGCGGGUUUUGCAGCGAUGAGUUCAAUGACCGAUGAUGCUGGACGACUUCCACUUCACUGGGCAUUGAGCGGGUAUUCGGAUAAACGGAUGGAAAUGGACGACUGGGAUGAUCAAGAGGAGAUUACAGAUCACAUUAUACGUACUAUCGAAAUGCUCCUCGAGAGCAACCCAGACGCAAUCGGUAUACGAGACCACGAGGGCGCAAAUGUAUUCCAUUAUGCAGUCACCUGCAAUUCGAGCUUAGCGGGCAUUUUGCCCGUUGUCAAGAUACUUCUUGGUACUAAGCCGCUCCCUUCUAUACUCAAUACUCGCAAUCACCUGGGCUGGACAGUCUUGGAGACUGCCAUUGAUUCCUAUGGAGGAGUUCGACGAGGCAAUCCUAGUGUCCAAUUCUUGAAUAUGCUUACUGCCUUACUCGAACAUGGAGCUGAUGGCCGCACAUGUAAUGCCCAAUCACAGAACUUGUUGCAUAAAGUGGCGAUGAAUUUCCGCGACACCGGUUGCGCAGAUAUUGCUAUCAUUGAAAAGCUACUGGAGUAUGUCAGCGUCAACGAUACCGAUGUCGACGGCCGUACACCACUUCAUUUCAUGGUCCGGCAUCUGAGUCGGGUCAAUGCCGUACAACAUCUCAUCGUUCGGGGCGCGAAUGUCAAUGCGGUCGACAACAAAGGGAAUUCCCCUCUCCAUGAGGCAAUGCGCGGUCAAGUAGUCUCAAGUCUGCCGAGUGAUCAAUCAAAAGCAUCACGAGAAAAGAUGAUCACAGUCUUGGUGGAUGCUGGGGCCUCGAUGUAUCUAGCAAAUGCAGCCGGCCAGACACCACCACAGCUGCUUCAUGAGUUGACAGAAAGGGAACGGCGAAGAGCUCAGAAUCUCGGGCGAGGUCGGGGAAGAGGACGAGGCGGGUAA